AUGAUCGCUGAAGCUCUCGACGACCUCUGUCGAGAACUGCUGCUGCCACAUCACUGCUACUAUGACUCGUUGGAGGAGCUGCUGCUCUACAACACAUUACAGUGUUUGGCCGCAAAUGCAGGCGUCCGGGUUCCACCUAGUCUCUCCAUGGCUUCUGUGAAUGAGCUGGUGCACAUGGCGGGGCGGGUGCUACCGGUCGCGCACAUGCAGCAGUUCAAUGAGUAUGCACGAGAGCUGGCCAAACGUAUGCCGUCGACCGCGCCCAUUAACUUCCCGCCGAUGAUUGGCCUUGCGCAUGAUGAUAUGCCGGAAGCGGAACAUGCUGCAGCCCUUUACUUGCAGCAUGGCACAGGCUCGAUCUGGACUGCGGUGAGACACGUCAUUACAUUGCUGCCUUUCAAGGCUGUGAAGCGUCAGCACCAGGACCAACCGCAGUCACAGUUCUCGGCAGGUGCUUAUGGUCACCGGAGUUUUUGCGGACUCUGCCAGAACACCAAUCUGUUUGGCUCAGCCUUGAGGCUCAUUAACAUGUUUAUUUGCAGCCUGCGCCCAGAGCUCCACUGGACCACCAUAGUCAUCACGGUGGACAAUGUGGCAGGUUUGCAUACAGACAAGCAGAAUGCGCCUUUCUGUAGCCUGGUCGUUGGGCUCUCGCAUCACAGCCGAGGGCGACUUUGGAUCAGCAAGCGUCCUGGUUUCUCCUGCCUGGGCCCUGGACGGCAUCAGCCCAUGGAAGGCUACUGGCUGGACGUUGCGGCGCGAGCUUUUCUGCUGCCUACCUACAGCCACCCGCAUCUCACCGAGCCUGCAGAGGAAGGCAAUAGAUUCGUUCUGAUUGCCUACGUGAUCGGCCAGUAUGAGAGUCUGCGCCGCCAGCACGUGGAGGAACUGCUGAGCUAUGGUUUUUCACUUCCGGGCCGCAUCGCGAAUACUGCAGCUGAAGCCGUCGAGAUAGUGGACUAG